AUGUGUUGCAAAAGGAGCAGGUGAGCAGCGCUAUCAAUUGCGUGGUGGAUCGGACAUCAUAUGGGACUGUCGAUAAGCGUGCUUGCUGCGUUCGUGAUGGCUCUUCUGCACGUUCAUUCGCAUUGCGUAUUCGUGCAUUCCUCUGCUCGACUGUUGCAAGUGAGCCUUGAGCUGAAGUGUGCUUCUGCUUACAUAUCGUCUGGGCAAGCCUGAUCAGAUGAGUAGGCAGGAGGAAGUCACAGUGUCGUCUGCAUCAUCUCAUCUCUUGUUGACCCUGUUUGAAUUCAGAUUCGUGAUUGCCAGACGCACGAGCCGUCACGAGGGCGCUGGCUGGCUGCGCGCCAAGCCUUCGCUGUCGAGUGGGCCUACGCAGGGUGCUUCUUUGCCAAGAACGGUAUCGCUGAGCAACAUCUUUCGACGAGACGGCCAAAAUGAGGAGAAGGGAAGGCGCGUGCGGGCGAGUGAGUGAGUGAGGCGCUGGCCAAGACUUUCCCAAUUCAUGCCCUCCUUCUGUGCUUCUUGCUUUCUAAGCAAAGAAGCAGGGGGGUGCCACAACGAUUGUUAAUGGUGCGGCUGGGACUUGGACAGCAUUUGCUGCCCGGCCUACAACUCUUGACUGGGGAGUGCGACACGGCCGAACUUGACCCAUCGUUAGCACGCACGCCCCACUCCAACAGAUCCGAACCAUUUCUGUCGAGCGACGCUACGAAGUACCACAAAAUUGCACGAUUGGCACCCCGCCCCCUACUCUAUCGGAACUCAGCAUAG